AUGCAUUCUCCAUCCCCUCUUAAGCUUUUAUCUUGGCUUCUCCUCAUUAAGGCUACAUUCGCAAUAGCAAAUCCUAAGCUCAACAAGCAUCGCCGACAAGAUGGACCUGUAGACCCAGGAACAGCAACAGAUUGCACAUACUACGACACCGCCUAUGACAGCUCCUAUACCUGUGCAUACUUCGAAGAGAGCUGGGGUCUCACCCACGCCGACUUCAUAGACUGGAACCCCUCCCUCAAAUCCGACUGCUCCGGUCUCAGAAUCGGCAACUCCUACUGCGUCGAAGUAAACUUCGGACUCCCCCGUCAAACCACAACCCUCAAACUCACCUCCACCUCCUCUAGCAGCACCCUCACCACCCCCAUUCCAACCGCAACCGGUACCCCCAAGCCCUCGCCCACACAGCCCGGCCUCAUCGAAGCCUGCACCACCUUUUACUACGCCGUUUCCGGGGAUGACUGUUCCCUCAUCGUCGCCAAGUAUGGCACCUUCACCUUCGCCGACUUCCUCGCCUGGAACCCCGCGGUAGGGAGCGCGUGUACGGGGUUGUGGGCUUCGACUUGGUAUUGUGUGGGGGUGCCUGGGACGCCGACUGUGAGGCCAACUAGCACUAGUAGUACUAGCACAAGUACGAGUGCAUCGGGGCCGACGCCGACGCAGUCAGGGAUUGUGGGGACCUGUUCGAGGUGGCAUUUGGCGGUUAGUGGGGAUGAUUGUGAGGGGAUUGUGAGGAUGUAUGGGACGUUUAGUUUGGGGGAGUUUUUGGCGUGGAAUCCGAGUGUGGGGAGUAGUUGUGCGGGGCUUUGGUUGGGGUAUUGGUAUUGUAUUGGUAUUCCCGGGACACCAACAACCACAUCCAGCACUAUCACAUCGACGACAGCAACUCCGACGUCAACAUGUAAUCCUUCGGCCCCAACACCGACCCAGCCGACAGCUAUAUGUGGGUGUAAGAAAUGGCACAUGGUCGCUAGUGGGAAUUCGUGCGAGAGUAUUGAGAAAUUGUAUGGCAUCACGGCUGUCGAUUUCAAUAAGUGGAAUCCAAACGUCGGGACCGCUUGUGAUAGCACCAACAUUAUUGGUUUCAAGUGGUAA